GUGACUGUCAGAGCGGAAGGUGGGCGGGGCCAGUAGAAGCCACAGAUCCUGAGACCCCUGACAGCAGUAUCACUUGUUACUGUGAGAGGGGCAGAGGGAGCCAUGCAGAACGUCAUCAACACCAUGAAGGGCAAGGCCCUGGAGGUGGCAGAGUACCUGACACCUGUCCUCAAGGAAUCCAAGUUCAAGGAAACAGGUGUUAUCACCCCAGAAGAGUUUUUGGUAGCAGGUGACCAUCUAGUCCAUCACUGUCCUACUUGGCAAUGGGCAUCUGGGGAAGAAUCUAAAAUAAAACCUUACCUACCACAUGGAAAACAGUUUCUUUUAACAAGAAAUGUACCUUGCUACAAAAGAUGUAAACAGAUGGAAUAUUCAGAUGAACUAGAAGCAAUUAUAGAAGAGGAUGAUGGAGAUGGAGGAUGGGUAGACACCUUUCACCAUUCAGGUGUAACUGGUGUCACAGAAGCAGUCAAAGAGAUCACACUUGAGACACAGGAUUGUAGGAAAUCUGAGAAAACUGCAGCCUUUGAUGAUGAUGAGGAUGAAGAUGGUGAAGCAGCAGAUAUGGAAGCUUAUGAAGAAAGCGGGUUGCUAGAAAAUGAUGAGGCAACUGUGGACACCAGCAAAAUUGUGGAAGCCAACAAGCCAAAAUCUGAAGUUGUGGGUGAAGAUUCAAUAUUACAGACUAGAACCUAUGAUCUUUAUAUCACAUAUGACAAGUAUUAUCAAACUCCAAGACUCUGGUUAUUUGGUUAUGACGAGCAACGCCAACCUUUAACUGUAGAACACAUGUAUGAAGACAUUAGCCAAGAUCACGUAAAGAAAACAGUGACAAUUGAAAACCAUCCCAACCUUCCACCACCAGCUAUGUGUUCUGUCCACCCUUGCAGACAUGCAGAAGUCAUGAAGAAAAUAAUCGAGACCGUUGCAGAAGGAGGAGGAGAGUUGGGCGUUCACAUGUACCUUCUUAUUUUUUUAAAAUUUGUACAAGCAGUCAUUCCAACAAUAGAAUAUGACUACACAAGGAAUUUUACAAUGAACUGAAAUCGCAACAUACACAUCCUAUAAAACAUCCUGACAUUUGAAAGACUGUUACAUAAACAUGUCUUCUUGGUUUUCUCAUAUAUACAAAUAUGCAAACGUUUCUGUAAUGUAUUAUACGCUUCUUUGAUUAAAUUUCUGCAUUUAAAUGA